CACCUCUCCUCGAGGCUCUCGGGCUGGGGGACCUGGGCUGAGGCUUUGCUGCGGCAGCUUGGGAAUGGGUUGGCGGCGGCGCUGGCGGCUCGCUUGCUGAGCGGCAGCGGGGGCGAAGCGGGGGUUUGUUUUUCAGCAUCCCCCUCUCUCCCCCACAGCGGACACGGGGCCGGGGAAGCUCAUGGAUGCGCGGCGAGUCGCCUGCGCGCAGGAGGCGGCGCUGGGCCCUGGCAUGGCUUAGCGGCAGCAGCACUCAACUGGUGGAGCUGCUGGGCUGCGCUGGGAGGAGGUGAAGCCCGGGACUUUCUGGCUCCGGCUCAGUCGGCGGCAGGAGAAGAGAGGCGGCGCGGCCGGGCCGGGGGUUGGAGUUCAUUUAUUUUGUUCCUGGAACAGAAGAGGAGAAAAGGGCAUUUCAGGUUUACUUGAUAAAGGAUAAGAAUGGAUGUGAACGUUGCAUAAAGGUUAAAACUUCUCUUGGUGACUCGCAACAGUCUUGCUCCAAGCUAUGAGAAGGGUGAAGCAACAUUAAAACAAGAAGUUUGAAGGCUUGCUGGCAGACUUGUCUGAGGACCUGACAGAGCCGUACCAAAGGACUGUCGUGAAAUACGGAAAGAAAAGAAACAGGAGACUAACACGGGCAAAUCAGAAUCACUCCUUUCCUGCUGCAAUGGGUUGGCUAGAAGAACCUUACUGGCAUCUUCACAUUUCCUUGAUCAUGCUGCUAUCCAUGCAUACCAGGGCCAAUUUUCUAGACAACAUGCCUUUGAGGAGUUCUGGCAAGCUAAGCAUAGAGAACAGAAAAGAAGAUGGUGAGAGUACAGCCCCUGCUCCUCCCCAGAAGAAGCUGUCUUGUCAGUGCCAUCACCACUGUCCUGAAGAUUCAGUCAACAGCACCUGCAGCACUGAUGGCUAUUGUUUCACCAUAAUAGAAGAAGAUGAGGCUGGUGGGCAUUUAAUCACCAAGGGAUGUCUAGGACUAGAGGGCUCAGACUUCCAGUGCCGGGAUACUCCUAUAUCACACCAAAGAAGAUCUAUUGAAUGUUGCACGGGCCAAGAUUACUGUAACAAACACCUGCACCCUACAUUGCCUCCACUGAAAAACCGAGAUUUUGUUGAAGGGAACAUUCAACAUAAAGCCUUGCUGAUCUCUGUGACUGUGUGCAGUAUACUCCUGGUGCUAAUCAUCAUAUUCUGCUACUUCAGGUACAGAAGACAAGAAACGAGACCUCAUUAUAGCAUCGGACUUGAACAAGAUGAGACUUACAUUCCUCCAGGAGAAUCCUUGAAAGACUUGAUUGAACAGUCUCAGAGCUCAGGGAGUGGUUCUGGGCUCCCUCUGCUGGUCCAAAGAACUAUAGCAAAACAAAUUCAGAUGGUAAAGCAGAUUGGUAAAGGUCGCUACGGAGAAGUUUGGAUGGGAAAGUGGCGUGGAGAAAAGGUAGCUGUGAAAGUGUUCUUCACCACAGAGGAGGCCAGCUGGUUCAGAGAGACAGAAAUCUAUCAAACGGUCCUCAUGAGGCAUGAAAACAUUUUGGGGUUUAUUGCUGCAGAUAUUAAAGGUACAGGGUCUUGGACUCAAUUGUAUCUUAUCACUGACUACCAUGAGAAUGGUUCCCUCUAUGAUUAUCUGAAAUCCACUACCUUAGAUACAAAAGCUAUGCUAAAAUUGGCCUAUUCCUCCGUUAGUGGCUUGUGCCACUUGCACACUGAGAUCUUCAGUACUCAAGGCAAACCAGCUAUUGCCCACCGUGAUCUGAAAAGUAAGAACAUUUUAGUGAAAAAGAAUGGAACCUGCUGUAUUGCAGACCUGGGCUUGGCAGUUAAGUUUAUUAGUGAUACUAACGAGGUAGACAUCCCACCAAACACCCGCGUAGGAACAAAACGAUAUAUGCCUCCUGAGGUGCUGGAUGAAAGCUUGAACAGAAAUCACUUUCAGUCCUACAUCAUGGCUGACAUGUAUAGUUUUGGCCUUAUCCUCUGGGAGAUAGCAAGGAGAUGUGUAUCAGGAGGGAUUGUUGAAGAGUACCAGCUUCCAUACCACGAUCUAGUGCCCAGUGACCCCUCAUAUGAGGACAUGCGUGAGAUUGUGUGCACCAAGAGGCUUCGUCCCUCAUUCCCGAAUAGAUGGAGUAGCGACGAGUGCCUACGACAAAUGGGAAAACUCAUGACAGAGUGUUGGGCUCACAACCCUGCUUCCCGACUCACAGCCCUGCGAGUAAAGAAAACACUUGCCAAAAUGUCAGAAUCACAGGACAUUAAACUCUGAUUCAACAAAAGACAUGUCUUGCAAAAACCCAUGCCCUGGACUUUCCUUUACAGUCACAGGACAGAAAAAAGAAUCAAAAGGCCUCAGUAAUACGUUCCUUGCACACAGUCAUACUUCAGAACAGCUAUAGGUUUGGCUGAUAGCUUUUGAGGAGAGUAUCCUUUGCAAAAUCAGCAGAGUUUGUGAUAUACAAGAUCAGAAGACGCUCAUUUGCCCUUGUUUACUUUGGGAAAUACAGUUUGAAUAACUGGUUCAAGAUUAUGCAUGUUGCUUUCUGUGAAAGCUCAUGAUAAUUAUUAUUAUUAUUUUAUUAUUAUUAUUAUUUUUUGAUUGUUUAAAAAAGAUACUGCUUUAAAUUUUAUGAAAAUAAAACUUUUGGUUAGAAUUAAAAAAGACUUAUAUUAUUACAUUAAAAAUUCAGAAGAAACUGUGCCUGAAAAUUAAAACAAAGAGACUAUUUUUUUUCCCCAUUUUUGAAAACUAUUGCACUCCAAACAAAUAGAGAACAGGCUGUGAAGUUAAAAAAAGUUGUAAUGGAAACUGUCUUAAAAGCCACCUACCUACAGAGACCACUUUCAAAGCUGCACAUAUCUGAGUUUUGAUCUCAAAUUGUAGCUAUAGCCUGGUUAGAAAGAUUGCCUGUGUAGAAAGACCACUCUCCUGAAUUACUGCAGGUGGCCUUUCACAGGCAGAACUUGCUGUAUUUCUGAUAAUCAGAAGCCAUAGAGCAAAAGCAGUUUUGUGUGACUUUUUUUUAACGUUCUUCGUGCUUCUGGUUCUGUUGUGGGGCUGUCUUGGACAAGGCUAUAGGAUGGUAGAAAAAAGCACACUCUUUUCUAGCAUUUUUUUCACUGAAAAAUAAAGAAUUUUUGUAUUGAUGGGAACGAAAGGAACAGACUUGCUAAAGCAUGAGUUUAGAACUUCUUGUUAGUUUUUUAUUUACCAGAGAAAUCACUGGAGAGUGAAACUGCUAGAAACCACAUAUGAAAACAUUGCCUGGCAGAAAGAUGUUGUAUUGUAAAAUGAACAUAAGGAAGGAUUUGAGUUCUUCCAUUCAUGAAAAAAGAAGACGUUUUCACUCAGGUUUGUGUUUCGUGUAUUCUGGGUUCUUUUUAGCAAGUGAACGAAACAUGAACAUUUUGAAGGAGGAAAAAAAAAAGACCCACCUAUAGUGGGAUUGAUCCUUCUUUAAAUGUAUUGGGUUUACUUAAUUACCUGUUGAUGAUAAAGACUGACAAGAAGGAGCUGCUGAUAGUUUUCAAAUUUUGUGGUUGAGAUUUAUGUAUGCACUAUUGGGCUUCAUGCUGCAUUCCUCUUUCAACCAGAACUCCCACUGAGGUCAGUGGGAUGAGUGAGGGAUGAGGAAUUUGGUCCAAGAUUUCUCCCAUUAUAGUGAGAGCUGUUUUUUGUCCACAUAAAUGGAGAAUGUUGCCUUUUACAGUUGUUAAUGAAGAAAUAUUCUGUGAUUACUACUCAAAGGAACACUAGACCAUUGGGAUAAUAUUUUUGCUUUGGAUUCUUUCUUGGUGUCAUACAUAAAAGACUGUUGAAAUCACUGUUUUACUCUGACUGUUAUCAGGUGCUAUCACUACCCCCCCCCCAACCCCAAAAACCUCCACAGCUUUAUAUGCAUAUGAAACUAUAUUCUAGUGCCCCCUACUGCAGCCUCCAAAACUGCUCUCAAGUACUUUGAUACGUUCCUAACAUUCAUCUAAAAGUUGAAAUAUCUGACAUUAGGAAAGUUUGGAAAUGUUGUGGCUUUUUUUUUUUACAUUGUUUUGGGUAACUGAAGGCAUUGGAAGAAAAUUAACAAAAAACCCAAAGGUGAUGUUUUAAAAAAUGAAUGCCUAAAAUUAGGCUCCUAAAUCUGUAUUUUAGAUCCUUAACCAAAAUUGUUGUGCACCCAACAGUUUCCAUUAUAUUUUUGGUGUCGUUAGGUGGCCAGCACCUUUGGAACCCACCAUUUAGUUUUCAAGAGCCAUUUAAGCACCUGUUUCUGAAAAUCUUGACAUGAUGUGUUAGCCAGCUCUUUAGUUUAAAUGGCUUUUGCAGUCACCUCUCAGGCUUUAGGAGACCAGGUUUAGUCAUAGGACUACCGCAGGACUGUGGGACUUGCCAGUCAUGGUAAAUUCAUAGGGAGAGGACAUUCUAAAGCAUGACUGUAGGUUGACAUAUAUUCACCAGACUCGCUUACUGAUUUCUUUCCAUGGAUAUAGGGGAUUAUAGGAAUGCUUGAAAUUCAUUAGUUGGGAAAUGAUAGAUUACGCAAGGGUGCAAUACUCUGUGAGAUGCAUUUAAUUUGGGACAGUUACUGAUUCUUCUAUUUUUCCUCAAAAUUUUGUCAAAGCUCAGCUGAAAAAGGGGAAACUUCCUGACCCCCCUUUUUUUGUCUGUUUUCUUUUUUGUCUCUUGUUUUCUUAGGCUGUGUUCAGUUUUGUUUUGAAAUAAUUGUUGCAAAUGCUGCUUUGAUUGUACUAAGCCUUCUUCAGAGUCAAAAUAAUUGACAUGCUAGACUUAUUCUCACCAUUCAUGUAGAACUUUUUUUCUCCCUUUUCUAGACAAAACUGAUUUAUUUAUGGUACCUAGGUAAAUGUAAUUGGUGUUCAGCUUCACCGCUCUCUUGAAGGUAUUUAUAGGUUGAAAAAUUACCAUUUUAUACUUUCAGGCUAAUACAGAAAAAUGUGCAAGGUUCAAGAUAGUCAGUGAGACAUCCAGACUGGGUGUUUAAAAGUUUGAGCAGAGGAAUUUAAAAAAUGGUAAGCUUUUUUUUGAAGUUUCUCUGGCUGUGCCUCUAUACAGAGUAAGGAACUCUCACCCAGGAAUAAUAAUAAACACAGAAGAGAUUCUGCAGGAAUUAAUAAUUAAUUUCCGACCAUAAUUAGACACAUGACUCUUGUUGACUUCAGCAGCCAUACUUUAAAGGUCCCCAGUGCACUGAGUCUGGAGACUUCUACUAUAAAUCAUCCCUUUUUUGGUGAUUAGAUAAUGGAGGUUAAAAAUGCAAACCCCUUAAUGAAUAUUUUCCACAUUUGAGGGAGUGAAAAGAGAAAGGAGAUGAAUUUGUAACUGCCCACAUUAUAGGUGGGAGUCCCCACAUUGACUGGAGGACAACAAAUCCUCAUAGUGCUGUGCCUUACCAAAUCACAGCAGUCCUGAAGAGCUUGUUCUGAUGAAGUAUAUGGGAACUUGUUACAGAGUGAGCAAAUACCUGAGUGUCAAGUUCUUUCCCUGCCACUUCUGCAAUUGUGGUGUCACUCUAGUGAAGUGGAACAAGUUAUUCCCAAUUUUACACUUCAGUAAGAACCACCUCAGAUGCUCCCUGGAAAAGGGAUUAGAAGAUGAUCUGGGGUGAUGAGGCUGAACACUCUUAUUCUUAAAACUCAGGGGGGUUCAUCCCAGUAGUCUCUGCUCAACUGUUUCCUUGGUAGAUGUCUCUUCUGCCAUGGAAAUAUCUCUUAGUGCCUGCAUAUUUCUUUCCUUUUUGAAGGAGGGCAAAUUCCUGGGGUCAAUUCCUGCAUGUUUCACUAGUCACCACUGUGGGUUUCUAGCAGGUAAACCCUGUAUUGCAGAGAUGAAAGCUGGAAGAUCACAUUUUCUAGCAGUCAUAGUUUGGAGGUUUUCCUUCUCCAGUUUUCUCCAAUAGAGGGACAUGUGCAUCCCUCUUAUAUUAUGGUAUCCUCUUUUCUUGUUGUUUUAAGAGCUCUCUAGAUCACUUCUACCCCUUAUUUAUUUUUCUCAAACACAUUUUGGAAGAUCUAAAGUACUUUUGUUUUGGUGACAGGCAAGUGCAGUGCCAGCUCACUGUUUAGCAGGUUUAAAUCUUCAGAGCAUACUGAAACAGAUGCCCUUCGCACGUGUCAGAAAGAAGGCAUUGUUUCAGUCAGUUGUUGAUGGUCCUAAUGUGUUUUAGAUGCAUGGAUGUUAAUGUUUUGUUCCUGAAAUAAAGGGAUUCUGAGAUAACAGUUGGUAGGUCAUAUAGCGUUUGUAUGUUAAGAUGUUCAGGUUUAUAUGUUUUAUAUAUAUAUAUAUAUAUAUAUAUAUAUAUAUAUAUAUAUAUAUAUUAUAUUAUAUUAUAUUAUAUAUAUAUAUAUAUAUAUAUAAUUAUAUAUUAUAUUAUAUUAUAUUAUAUUAUAUAUAUAUAUAUAUAUAUUCAGUUGGGAGUCUGGAAUAACUCCAGUAUGUCGUUUAAGAGUAAAAUAUUAUGGAAGAUAAAGCACUAAAUAAAACAAAGUAUUUAUUUAUGAAAAUGCAGAAACUGACAAAUCACAGCAGCAGUGCCAUAUAGAGAAAAAAGGAUAUGAGGUGACACAGCUGAAUUUACAAAGGCUCUGUUAUAAUGUAGUUGAUGUCUGUCUCACUUUUCCCUCUCACUGGAGAGGCCAGAUUUUGACCUCAAUUUCAUAUUAACCCAAUUCAAGUCAGUGCUGUUAUAGAGGAUGUCCUUAAGGACAGAAAAUGGCUCAGAUCAUUCUUUUGUAAGCAAUUUGUUUUAGAAAUGUGGCAUUUGAGUUCCCAUGUGCACGGUUAAUUUUAUGCAACACUCAGACUGUGAUUGCUAAGCUGCCAACAUGUACAGUGAGUUCAUGUUGUUACAUUUAUCCUUUGUGUUGCCACAUGUGCAGACUUAAACUGUUCAGAAUGUAACUUCCAGUUUUAGUGAGUUCAGAGCCCACCUUGAUUACGGCUUACUUUGCUCCCAUAGAUUUCAGUGAUAAGGAUUUCAGUGCAAACAGGAUUGAGACUCUGUUUUUCAAAUGUAAAGACACUGAAGGAAAUAUAGGUAGAGAAUUCUUUGCAUAGCAGUCAGAGUGGGAGAGGAAAAAUUAAAGAAAAAAUAAUGUUUAACAACUGCUUUCCCUUCUCUAGCACAAUGUUAUUUCUUUUGAAGAAAGUUUGACAGUGUAAAGAUUUUUUACAAAAGACUAAUUUGUGUUCUUUUUUGGGAACCAGUGCCUUAUUAAACCUGUAAAUACCGUAAUUAUAAGAACUAGGGAGCAAACUGUUAUAUUGUACUUGUUCAAAUUGUAUACAGCUAUUUUAACAUUCCCCUAAUAAAAUGGUUUCAGCCUCCCCUUAGAAGAA